AGGGAUGUAGAGUGUAUUAAAAAUAUGGGCAAUUAUUCCUUAUUAAAACAGAAGUGGUGAAUUCAACCUCUUAGUGGUGGAUUCUGGUCAUUUUGAUCUGUGAUGCUGGAGUUAGAUCAGGAUCUUGUUACAGAUCACAUGUGUUACUGUACGAUGUGAGGACUGUGAACACUGAGUGUCUGGUUUGACUAUUUGCAGUGAGGAUUGUUGUUCUGGGGAAGAGUGUGUCUGAAAAUAGUCUGGUGGGGAACUUGAUCUUAGGACGAGCAGCGUUUGACAGUGAAGCUCCUCCAGAUGUUGUAGAGAGAGUCGGAGGAAGACUGAAGGACAGACACCUGAUCAUCAUCAACAGUCCUCAGCUUCUCCAGAGGAACAUCUCAGAUCAGCAGAUCACACACACAGUGAGAGAGUGUGUGUUUCUCUCUGAUCCAGGACCUCAUGUCUUCAUACUAGCACUGCAGUAUAAAGACUUCACUAAGAAGGACUUGAGAAGAGUGAAAUAUGUGCUGGAAACAUUCAGUGAAGAGGCCAUUAAACACACCAUGGUGCUCACGACUGAUGACGAGACUGAUAAAUGGGCAUCUGUGAAAGCUAAUGAAUUCAUUCAACAAUUAACUGCAGAAUGUGGAGGAGGACAUGUUCAAUUUAAUAACGAAAUAGAGGAAUGGUGCUCUGUAAUAUCAGAACGACUGGAGAAGAUACUUGGAGAAAACCAUGGAGAAUUUCUUACAUGUGAACUAUUUUACGAUGCAGAAGAAACACUGCUGGAUGAAGAUCAGAGCAGAUCUUUAGCUUCACUCAGAAUGAAGAAGGAAGAUUCUGAUGGUGUAAGUGUCGCCAGAGAAGAGAAGCUGAACUUGGUGUUGUGUGGAAGUGAUGAAAACCUGAAGAAAUCCUUAUUAAAACUAAUAGAAGAGAAGAGGAGAGAUGUGGAUCUUCAUGAUCGUCAGAUCAGUGUGAUAGAGCUUCCCGCUCUGACUGGUCUCUCAGAAGAGGAAGUGAUGCGUCAGACUCUCCGCUGUGUGUCUCUCUGUCAUCCUGGAGUUCAUGUUUUCAUCAUCAUUAUUCCUGACGCUCCUCUCAAUAAUGAAGACAGAGCAGAAACAGAGAAGAUCCAGAAGAUCUUCAGCUCCAGAAUCAACAAACACAUCCUGAUCCUCAUAAAGCAGAGCUCAGAGCGUCAGACAGAAGAACUCAGUGAAGAAACACAGUCUGUCAUUCAGAGGUUCGGAGGAAGACAUCAGCUCUUUGGUCCCAAAACACAGGUGUCCACAUUGAUGGAGAACAUUGAGCAGAUGCUGGAAGAAAACAGAGGAGAGUGUUUCUCCACAGAGAUGUUUCUGGAGACGCAGAUGAAGAAACUGAUGAAAUAUGAAGAGAUGAAGAAGAAAACUGACUCAUUAGAGACACAUUUACUCUCACAAGGUUCAUCAGAGAAAGAAGAUGAGCUGAGGAUUGUGCUUCUGGGAAAAACUGGAGCUGGGAAAAGUGCAACAGGAAACACAAUCUUAGGAAGAGAAGCGUUUACAGCAGAAGAAUCGUUUGAAUCAGUGACUAGAGAGAGUCAGAGAGAAUCAUGUGAAAUCAACGGUCGACGUGUCACUGUGAUCGACACUCCAGGACUGUUUGAGACUGAACUCAGUAAUGAGGAGAUCCAGAGAGAAAUCACUCACUGUGUCUCCAUGUUCCUGCCUGGACCACAUGUGUUUCUCUUACUGGUUCCACUGGGACGAUUCACUAAAGAAGAAGAAACAUCAGUGAAGAUCAUCCAAGAGACCUUCGGUGAAAACUCAUUAAUGUUCACCAUGGUGCUCUUCACCCGAGGAGACUUUCUGAAGAAGAAGACCAUCGACCAGUGUUUGGGAAAACCUGGAUCUCCUCUGAUGAAGCUGAUCGAAGCGUGUGGAAACAGAUAUCAUGUGUUCAAUAAUAAUCAGCCUGAAGACCGAACACAGGUGACUGAUCUACUGCAGAAGAUAGACGACAUGCUGAAAGAGAAUGGAGCGAGUUUCUACUCAUGUAAGAUGUUCAGAGAGAUGGAGAGAGAGAAACAAGAACUACAGAUCAAGAUCCUAAUGGACAGAGUCCGAGAAAGAGAGGAGGAGAUGGAGAAACUGAACAGAGAAAGAGAGCAAGAGAUGGAGAAACUGAACAGAGAAAGAGAGCAAGAGAUGGAGAAACUGAAGAGAGAAAGAGAGGAAGAGAUGGAGAAACUGAACAGAGAAAGAGAGCAAGAGAUGGAGAAACUGAAGAGAGAAAGAGAGCAAGAGAUGGAGAAACUGAAAAGAGAAAGAGAGGAGGAGAUGGAGAAACUGAACAGAGAAAGAGAGCAAGAGAUGGAGAAACUGAACAGAGAAAGAGAGGAGGAGAUGGAGAAACUGAAGAGAGAAAGAGAGCAAGAGAUGGAGAAACUGAAGAGAGAAAGAGAGCAAGAGAUGGAGAAACUGAACAGAGAAAGAGAGCAAGAGAUGGAGAAACUGAAGAGAGAAAGAGAGCAAGAGAUGGAGAAACUGAACAGAGAAAGAGAGCAAGAGAUGGAGAAACUGAAGAGAGAAAGAGAGGAAGUGAUGAAAAAACAUGAAGAGGAGAAAGAGAGAGUGAAGAGAGAAAGAGAGGAAGAGGUGAAUAAACACGAAGAAGAGAAAGAGAGAAUGAACAGAGAAAGAGAGGAAGAGAUGAAGAAACUGAAGAGAGAAAGAGAGGAAAAGAUGAAGAAACACAAAGAGGAGAAAGAGAGAGUGAAGAGAGAAAGAGAGGAAGAGGUGAAGAAACAUGAAAAAGAGAAAGAGAAUAUGAAGAUGAUGAGGGAGGAAGAACGACAGAAUCAGGAUAAAGAGAGAAAGAAAAGAGAAGAGGAACUGAGAGAAAGAGAAGAACAAUGUAAAAGAGAAAUGAAGGAACAGGAGGAGCAGAUGAGAGAAGAGAUGAAAAGUGUGAAAGAGGAGUAUAAAAAUGAAAUAAAGGAAAUGAGGAAAGAAAUAGAGACUGUGAAGAAAGAAAAAGAAAAUCUUCAGAUCAGGUAUGACACAGAAACAGACAGAAUGAUGAACAGAAUAGAGAAUGAACGACAGAAUCAUGAAACAGAGAAAAGGAGAAGAGAAGAAGAGUUUAAUGAGAGAGAAGAGAGAUAUAAAAGAGAAAUGAAGGAACAGGAGCAGAUGAGAGACGAGAUGAAAAGAGAAAGAGAGAUGAUUAAAGAUGAAAUGAGUCAAGAAAAAGAGACUGUGAAGAAAGAAAAAGAAAAACUACAGAUAGAAAUAGACAGACUGAUGAACAGAAUAGAGAAUGAACGACAGAUUCAUGAAUCAGAGAGAAAGAGAAGAGAAGAAGAGUUUAAUGAGAGAGAAGAGAAAUAUAAAACACUAAUAACAGAGAAAGAGAGAGAGAUGAAAGAGGAGAUGAAGAGAGAACGAGAGGAAUGGGAGAAACAGAAACAAGAGGAAAAGAGGAGAAGAGAAGAAGAGGAUGAGAGAAGACGAGUGCAGUGGAGAGAGGAACAUGAGAGAGAGAGAGAGAAGAUGAUGAGGAAGAUCUGCUCUGAAACUGAUCCUUCACUGAAGGUCACAGCUUACAGGAAACUGGAGACAGAAUACAGGAAGUGGACCUGGAGUCUCCGCAGUGCCAUGAUGGAAACUGAGAACAAACUACACAACAUGAUAGAGAAUGAAGUGAUUCAUGAGAUUGAAGAAACUGAUCUUCACAGAGAACUGAAGAAGACAAGAGAAGAAGUGGAGAAAUCAGUGUCUGAAUUCUUUGAGAAAGACAGAGAUAAAUAUAUACUGAUUCAGUGGAAAACAUCAUUUGAAAUCAAAAUCAAAGAUCUUCAGAAAAACAUUGUGAGAGAAACAAAGAGGAAAUUAAAUGAGAUUCUUCAUCAGCGAUACCUAAAGAGAAAGAUUGAUGCUCAGAGAACACAACGUGAAAACACUCUCUGUGAAAAGAGCAAAGAACUUGCCUUAAAACUCAGAGACAGAACAAAUGAUGAAGAAAUAAUGAAGAAAGAGUUUGAUUUGUUCUGGGAACAGAGUGUGAAUAUGAUUAUCAGAGACACUCCUCCAAUCAGAGACAUUGAUAUGAUGAGAGACGUGAGAGAGAUACUCAGUGACGUCUGUGAAAGUGUGUCUGUAGAUCACUGGACAGAGAGCAGGGAUAUUUUCACUGUGAAGAGUUAUUCAGAUUAUGUGAGGGUUAAGAGAUCCAGUGGAAUUACAGGAGCUUUGACAAAUGUUUACAGAUCAGCUAAAGAGGUGUUGGGUUAUAUUCUGUCUCCAGAGGAUGAAUCUCAGAUCAGAUCAUUCGUCACAGAUGUUGUUCAGCAGACAGACAGAAUGAUUCAGACAUUUAACAUCUCAAAGAAGGGCUACAACAUCAGCUACAUUCAACAAAUCACACACUACAUCAAGACAAGAGUAACACAACAUGAGGAAGAACAAGUGAAAUAUGUGUUCAAGAAAGAGUUCUUCAUGGAUUUGGUUCUGUCCAUCUGUGAGAGAGCAAACAAGAUGAUCACUGACCAACACACACUGUUCAGAGAAGACAAUGAUCCUGUAAUAGUAUAUGUAGAGAAGAAGAGAGAGGAAUACUAUAGUGUUUUCCUGAAAUACUGUCAUGGAGCCGCAUCAGCUGCUAUGUUUGGAGAGAUCAUCUGUCAGAAACUGAAAGAGCCGAUUGAACAGAGCGUCUACAAGAGAACUGCCAGAGAUUUAGCAGAUGAAAUAAGAUCAAACUGUGAAUCACUGAAUGGAGACAGAUCAGAUCUGGAGAAACACAUCCUGAAGAGACUGGCAGAAGAGGAGGAUUUCAACAAAUACAUGAACUACAUUCGUAAUCCCAGAGAUCACUUCAAGAGUUUCAUCAGAGAUGAAGUCAGCCGGUACAUCACUGAUCAGUUCAGUCUCAGUGUUUUACCCAAGAUGAAGGAGAACAUUAGAUUCAUGGAGCAGAAGAUCAUGAGAGCAGCUCAUCAAUCUACUGAAGAUGUUCAAGAGAACAGAGAUGAAUCUAUCGAACGUGUUCAAGAGAACAGAGAUGAAUCUACUGACCGUGUUCACGAGAACAGAGAUGAAUCUACUGAACGUGUUCACGAGAACAGAGAUGAAUCUACUGACCGUGUUCAAGAGAACAGAGAUGAAUCUACUGAACGUGUUCAAGAGAACAGAGAUGAAUCUACUGAACGUGUUCAAGAGAACAGAGAUGAACCUACCGAACGUGUUCAAGAGAACAGAGAUGAAUCUACUGAACGUGUUCACGAGAACAGAGAUGAAUCUACUGACCGUGUUCAAGAGAACAGAGAUGAAUCUACUGAACGUGUUCAAGAGAACAGAGGAGAUGUUGGUUUGUGGUUGAAGAGUUUCACACAGCAGAUCUCAGAUGAUCUGAUCUUCUCUGAGAAACACCUCAGUGGAGUCAAACAUGAUGAUGUUGAUGAUAUCAAUCUCCUAAAAGAUGUGAUAACACAAGAACUUCCUACUAUAAUAUCUGACAUCAGCAGGAGAUUCAACAGAAAGUCAUUUGAUGAAAAACUGGACCUUAAAUCAAAACUAGAUGAUCUUCUGAUAGACCUCUUCUGUCAGUGCUGUUGGGUUCAGUGUCCGUUCUGUGGAGCCACCUGCACAAACACCACAGAAGACCAUCCUGGAGAUCACAGUGUUCCUCUCCACAGAAUGACUGGAGUUAAAGGAUAUUCAUACAGAGGAACAACAAACUUGUGUAUUAACAUCUGCACAUCAGAUGUAGCAAGUGAUCAAUGUUUUUAUCUCGAUGGAUCAGAUGAUAGAGUCCUCUAUAGAGAGUACAGAAGAGCAGGAGGAGAUUAUGAAGACUGGAGCAUCACUCCUGAUCUCUCUGAACUGAUCUACUGGAAGUGGUUUGUGUGCAGAUUCCAGAGAGAUCUGGAGAAACACUAUGAGAAAACAUUUGAGAGGGGUGGAGAGAUACCAGAGGAAUGGAGGACAUACACAAAACAUGAUGCCCUUGAGAGUUUGGAGAAAAACUUUUAAAAUAUAUAAACUUAUAAAGCAAAACAACACUCUUUUAGACAGUUACAAAACAAUAUAAAUAUGCUGUUCCAAGGGGAAAAAAAUGAAUUAAAAAUUUUUUGAAUGAGUUUUGAAUUAUUGCUAGUAAAGUUUAUAAUAAAUCAGAUUUUAUUCACUAUACCUGGUAAACCUCAACAUCAUUUUGUGAAGUAAUGGAGAGUCUGCGCUGUAGAUUUCACAUACAAAUAUUAACAACAAAUAAACACUAUUCAGCUAAUUAUAAAUAACA